GACCUCAGAAGCCAUGUCGAAGCCCCAGAGCGAUGUCGGGACUGCCUUCAUUCAGACGCAGCAGCUGCAUGCAGCCAUGGCUGACACGUUCCUGGAGCACAUGUGCCGCCUGGAUAUUGACUCGCCGCCCAUCACGGCCCGGAACACUGGCAUCAUCUGUACCAUUGGCCCUGCUUCCCGAUCGGUGGAGAUGUUGAAGGAGAUGAUUAAAUCUGGAAUGAAUGUGGCUCGCAUGAACUUUUCUCAUGGAACUCACGAGUACCAUGCAGAGACCAUCAAGAACGUGCGCACGGCCACUGAAAGCUUUGCUUCUGAUCCCAUUCUUUACCGGCCAGUUGCUGUGGCCCUGGACACUAAAGGACCUGAGAUCCGCACUGGGCUCAUCAAGGGCAGUGGCACCGCGGAAGUGGAGCUGAAGAAAGGGGCCACUCUCAAGAUCACUCUAGAUAACGCCUACAUGGAAAAGUGUGACGAAAACACCCUGUGGCUGGACUACAAGAAUAUUUGCAAGGUGGUGGAAGUGGGCAGCAAGAUCUACGUGGAUGAUGGACUUAUUUCUCUGCAGGUGAAGGAGAAAGGUGCUGACUUCCUGAUCACAGAAGUGGAGAAUGGUGGCACUUUGGGCAGCAAGAAGGGUGUGAACCUCCCUGGGGCUGCUGUGGACCUGCCUGCCGUGUCAGAAAAGGACAUCCAGGAUCUGAAGUUUGGGGUGGAGCAGAACGUAGAUAUGGUGUUCGCAUCUUUCAUUCGCAAGGCAUCUGAUGUCCAUGAAGUCAGGAAGGUCCUGGGAGAAAAAGGAAAAAACAUCAAGAUAAUCAGCAAAAUCGAAAAUCAUGAAGGAGUUCGGAGGUUUGAUGAGAUCCUGGAAGCCAGUGAUGGGAUCAUGGUGGCUCGUGGUGAUCUAGGCAUUGAGAUUCCUACAGAGAAGGUCUUCCUUGCUCAAAAGAUGAUGAUCGGGCGGUGCAACCGAGCUGGGAAGCCUGUCAUCUGUGCCACACAGAUGCUGGAGAGCAUGAUCAAGAAGCCCCGUCCCACCCGGGCUGAGGGCAGUGAUGUGGCCAAUGCAGUCCUGGAUGGAGCUGACUGCAUCAUGCUGUCUGGAGAGACGGCCAAAGGGGACUACCCCCUGGAGGCUGUGCGCAUGCAGCACCUGAUUGCCCGUGAGGCAGAGGCCGCCAUCUACCACUUGCAAUUAUUUGAGGAACUCCGCCGCCUGGCGCCCAUUACCAGCGACCCCACAGAAGCCACCGCCGUGGGUGCCGUGGAGGCCUCCUUCAAGUGCUGCAGUGGGGCCAUAAUCGUCCUCACCAAGUCUGGCAGGUCUGCUCACCAGGUGGCCAGGUACCGCCCCCGUGCUCCCAUCAUUGCUGUGACCCGUAAUCACCAGACAGCUCGCCAGGCCCACCUAUACCGAGGCAUCUUCCCUGUGGUGUGUAAGGACCCAGUGCAGGACGCCUGGGCUGAGGAUGUGGACCUCCGGGUGAACUUGGCCAUGAAUGUUGGCAAGGCCCGAGGCUUCUUCAAGAAGGGCGAUGUGGUCAUCGUGCUGACCGGGUGGCGUCCUGGCUCUGGCUUCACCAACACCAUGCGUGUAGUGCCUGUGCCGUGAUGGGCCCCAGAGCCCCUCCUCCAGCCCCUGUCCCCUCCCCUUCCCCAAUCCACCCCUUAGGCCAGCAAUGCUUGCAGUGCUCACUUGGGGCUGUAGUAUGGCACCGAUGGGCUGGGGCUCCAGGGAAGAAGAUUAAGGCCUCUGUAAAGCAUGGCGAUUUUUUAGACCCUGCUCAGGUGAGGUAUAGUCCAGAGCCAGGCUGUCCAUCUUACAGCCCUACCCAAGCAAGAGAGGCAGGGGUGCAGGACUGGAGGCUCUGAAGCUGAACAUAGAGGGCAAUCGCUCCUGCUUCUCUGUGCACUCCAUUCAGUUCCUGUAGAAAUGGACACUCAGAGAACUCCCAAGCCUGGCCUGGGUCAGAAGAUAGCCGGCUAGAGAGGGCAGUGGUUCCAGUGUCAGCAGACUCUGUCUGGCCCUGGCCCUGGCCUUCACUUGCUUCUCCAAUCCCCUUAGCCUCCCCCACUCCCAUCUUGUGCACUGUGCACCUCUGUUCCUGCACUCCACUCAGCUGUCGCUGCAGACAAACUCCAUCCUCCACCUUGAUUAUCCCCACUACUGCAGCCGCCUCUAGGCCUGUUGCUAUAGAGCGUACCUGUAUGUCAAUAAACAGCAGCUGAAGCA